AUGACGACCGAGGGGCAGAUCGAAAAUGAGCACACCGCCCCCAACGAGACAUCCGACAACCCGGAUGAGUCGACGGGAAUUGGCGAGGCCCCCAUGUGCAGGAUCUGCUUUCGCGGCGCUAACUCCGGAUCGCUCCUGUCGCCCUGCAACUGCAAGGGAUCUAUCGGCCUCGUACACAGAGCGUGUCUGGAGGAGUGGCUGUCGGCGCGAAACACUACAGAGUGCUGUAUAUGCUCCUACCAGUUCGUCGUCGAGAAAAGGCCAAAAAGUGUUUGGGAAUGGCUCACGGACUCAUCUACUAGAGUUAAUCGGUGGUACAUCCUUGUCGACACAACGCUGUCUCUCUUCGGUGCCGCCAUGCUCAUCAUAUCCGCCUGGCUGUCAGCCGCAGAGAUCGUUAGCGGAAUCUCCUCCAUGUCUGGGUGCGUGCUCAUUCUUCUGAUAGUUUUGCUGGCUGCAAUGAUUUGUUUCGUUGAUAUUUACCUUAUGAUCAAGCAUCACAGAAUUGCACUUAACCACUGGCGACAAGAUAACUGGCACAUGCACGUCGUUCUUCCGGAUGAUAACGUACCCCAAGAAACAACAACCGCUCAGCCUUCUUCUUCAGAGACAGCAACGGCAACUGUCGUGGCGUCAGUAGGUGAAUCUCCAUCCACCGCCCUUGUUGAGGCUGCUGCAAGUGCUGCCGUUAACGCUUCGUCUACCACUCUCGUAGAGGUUCCCGCCGAGACCCCUGUCCCUGCCGAGGCUCAUUCCCACGUUGACACUACAUCCGAUGUGAAUCCCGAGGCUCUGCACACCAAACAUUCCAGUAGUUCUUCUACGCCGCCCGCAACGCAAAUCGGCAGCAGCAAAUCAGCCACUGAUGAGCCUAGAGAUCAAGGCAGUAGUUCGGAGUUGAGGAAGCGAAAGCUCUCCUGA